AUGACGGCAAUUUUACUCGCUAUAGUCACAAGUGCUACUGAGAAUCCAAUUGAGGUAAGUUACAUGAUAGGCUAUAGCUCAUGCAAGGUUUUUGGAGGAAUAAAUGUUGACUCUGAAACAAUUAUGAGUAAUUCAAUGCAAUAAAAAUAUCACGUUUUAUGAACAUCACUAUUUGAUAUGCCAUACGGCCAGUUUUUCUUAAUUUUGGCAUUGUCUAUUAUUCCUAAAUUAUAUGAAACGUCCCCAUUACUCAUGCAAUAUACUGCAUGGUAAUCUUAAUAUUGACUGUUACGUUGUAUCUAUCUCGAACCCUUUAAAACCUGAAGCAAGGUUAAACAGUAACACGAGAGUAACGUGAAUGAAAUUUGAACAUAUUUAGGUACGGCAAUUAUUUGAACUGAAAUUUUACGCUCAAGCUUGUGGAGAGGUGUUUGGAUUCAAGGUGGCUGAUGCUUUGAAAUACCUCGGCAAAAGUAAUAAAGGGAUGGAAAAUGCAUUAAGUCACAUUCGAACAUCUCAUCUAGGAUGUAACAGUAGUAGUAUUACCCCGUACGUAUAG